AUGGAGGAUUCUGUCCACACAUCUGAGGUCAUGGCCAGUAUAGAAGUACCAAUGCAGUUUUGUUACACACUAAUACUAGGUAUAGACAUAGUUAGAAGGCUAGUACAGGAAGAUGUUAAGGUUCUUAAACUCACAGCUAAGGAGGGUACCUCUACUAACGAACUUACCUUUGAUGGUCAGACAGUUUGGGAGGAUAAGAAAAAGUUGUGCUCCUCAGCUAUCUUGUAUCUGGAUGGAGAGAAGCCCACUCUUGCAGUACUUGUUACCAGGGAUAAUAAGAAUAAUAAACAGGGGACAGUCUAUAGAUACCAUGAUGGUAAGCAGUGGAAAGAUGGUAAUGAGAAUAAACAUAAGACCAAAUUUGGUGAGCUAAAGGAGAAGUAUAAACAUACACUUAUUAGUCUCAAUAUUGUCAAACCAGAUGGAUCAAAUAUAGAUGUGCAUACAGAAACGGAAUCCGGAGUAUCUUUCAAGGGCUAUUCUCUAAAGGAAGGUCAUCAUAUGUCCUCUGUUCUUGAUGGAGAUAAGGAGCUAUGGAAAUCUUCUGGAGAUGGCCAAAAGUGUAAACUUGUAGAGUCUUAUUCUAAGGGUAACAUAACCAUCAUUUACCUCGAAACUUCUGAUAAUAGUGGCACAAAGUCUAAAUACUUUGAGAAAUUAGAUGGAGUAUGGAAGGAGAUUGAUGAAGAGCCAUUUAAUGAGAAGGCAAAGACAUUCAUUGGAGAAUCUAGAAGAGAUGGUCUUACUCUGGAUAUCGCUCAUCCUAAUAUAGUAUUGUUCCUCCAUGAGUCUCUCAGUGCGACCAAAGGGAGUGUAAUAGUCUCCUAUCUACUCCAUGAAGAUCUCAUAAAGGCUCUCACUCUCCAUGAGUCCAGAGGGUUACUUCUUCCUCCUGGUCUUCCAAAUAGUACGACAUUCUGUAUCCUCAUUAGUACAAGGUCAUCUCCUGGUUUCUUUGCUGGUCUCUCAUAUAUCUUAAUUAACCUUUCUUGUCCACACAAUUCAUCCUUCCUCGGUAUAGACACUCUUCCUCCGUUGUCAUUCCUUCACAUCCUGGCGACCUGGGAGGAAUGUUUAGGUCUCUCCAUUUUUGGUCCACAUGGACAAACACCUCAAAAUCACCAGAGAUGUUGUCCUAAAUGCUAG